UAUGCGACCAAAUAAGUAGCGAGAUGGGUGUUGAUAUCUGGAGCAGGGUAUAUCAGCAAAUAUGGAAGAACGAUUUCUUAACACAGUUGCUGCUGCCUCUAACAAUGAAGAAUCACACGGCAUUAGAAUAUCAAAAAGGAAUGCGCCACCUUCUCACUACACGUUAAAGAUUGAGUCAUUCUCACAAUUGUGUAAAAUACUCAAGAAGACUGGACUUGAGAAGUACGAAUCUGAUGUUUUUGAAUCCGGCGGCUACAAAUGGAAAUUGGUGUUGUAUCCUUCUGGAAAUGUGAAAAGAGGUGGGAAUGAUCACAUCUCUCUCUACGUAGCAAUUGCUGAGGAAAAUGCAAUUCCUCCUGGAUCCCAACAAUUAUCAAAUGCUCACAAAGGAAAUAGAUUAGACCAUUUGACAGGACUGGAUUUAUUAUUAUCUUUUUCUGUUGAUGCAGAUAAUAAAAUGAGGCGUUACCAUUCGCUGAAGACUGAAAAUGGUUUUGACCAACUAAUCUCACUCAAGAUGUUCAAUGAUUCUUCUAAUGGAUAUGUUGAUGAUGAUUGCUGCGUUUUCGGAACAGAGAUUCAUGUUAUUAAGUGUGAAGGCAAAGGGGAGAGAUUUUCCAUUGUAGAAGAACCUGAUGAUGGUACCUUUACAUGGAUGAUUGAGAAAUUCUCCACAUUGCAAAAAACUCGCAAUCGUUCAGAGGAAUUUUCUCUUGCAAAUCAUAAGUGGCGCUUGCUGUUAUAUCCCAAAGGAGAUUCAAUGGCAAGAGGCAAAAGUGUGUCACUCUUUUUAGAAUUACUUAACAACAGUGCUCAUCCUCAUCAAAGAGUGUAUACAGAAUAUAAGCUGACAGUAAAAGAUCAGGUCCGGGAAAGCCAUCAUGAGAUUAAGGGAAGUGAUUGGUUUAACAGCAAAUCAGGCGAUGAUUGCUGGGGAUGUUCUGAGUUCAUGCCGCUUAAUGAUAUUUAUAAUGCAUCAAAGGGAUUUCUAGUGGAUGAUACAUUGAUUGUUGAAGCACAAAUUUCCCUCCUCGCAGAUGUUGGGGGAAUUUACCGUACAAGGGUGAGUUAG